AUGCCUACUAGCACUACAUCCGAUUCGACGACGUCAUCCACACCUAUGCCCACGUCCACCACAACAACCGAAAAGAUAACAACAUCCACAUCGACCACCACAACUACAUCAACGGAGUCGUCGACAACAUCCACGGCAAUUCCGACUUCCACAACAAGCGAGAGCACUUCAACCGCGAUCCCAACAUCCUCGACAUCGGACUCUACGACAACGUCCACCACAAGCUCAUCAACGGAGUCGUCGACAACAUCCACGGCAAUUCCGACUUCCACAACAAGCGAUAGCACUUCAACUGCGAUCCCAACAUCCUCGACAUCGGACUCUACGACGACGUCCACCACAAGCUCAUCAACGGAGUCGUCGACAACAUCCACGGCAAUUCCGACUUCCACAACAAGCGAUAGCACUUCAACUGCGAUCCCAACAUCCUCGACAUCGGACUCUACGACGACGUCCACCACAAGCUCAUCAACGGAGUCGUCGACAACAUCCACGGCAAUUCCGACUUCCACAACAAGCGAUAGCACUUCAACUGCGAUCCCAACAUCCUCGACAUCGGACUCUACGACGACGUCCACCACAAGCUCAUCAACGGAGUCGUCGACAACAUCCACGGCAAUUCCGACUUCCACAACAAGCGAUAGCACUUCAACUGCGAUCCCAACAUCCUCGACAUCGGACUCUACGACGACGUCCACCACAAGCUCAUCAACGGAGUCGUCGACAACAUCCACGGCAAUUCCGACUUCCACAACAAGCGAUAGCACUUCAACUGCGAUCCCAACAUCCUCGACAUCGGACUCUACGACGACGUCCACCACAAGCUCAUCAACGGAGUCGUCGACAACAUCCACGGCAAUUCCGACUUCCACAACAAGCGAUAGCACUUCAACUGCGAUCCCAACAUCCUCGACAUCGGACUCUACGACGACCUCCACCACAAGCUCAUCAACGGAGUCGUCGACAACAUCCACGGCAAUUCCGACUUCCACAACAAGCGAUAGCACUUCAACCGCGAUCCCAACAUCCUCGACAUCGGACUCUACGACAACGUCUAGCACUAGUUCAUCAACGGAGCCAACGACAACAUCCACGGCAAUUCCGACUACCACAACAAGAGAAAGCACUUCAACAUCAACCGCGAUCCCAACAUCCUCCACAUCGGACUCUACGACAACGUCCACCACAAGCUCAUCAACGGAGUCGUCGACAACAUCCACGGCAAUUCCGACUUCCACAACAAGCGAUAGCACUUCAACCGCGAUCCCAACAUCUUCGACAUCGGAAUCUACGACUACGUCCACUUCAAGUCCAUCAGAUUCAACGACAACAUCCACUGAAAGUUCGACGAUAACAACAACAGAAAGUACUUCAACAUCCACCGCUAUCCCAACAUCCUCAACAUCGGACUCUACGACUACGUCCACUACAAGUCCAUCAGAUUCUACGACCACUUCCACUGCAAGUUCGACGUCCACAACAACCGAAAGUACUUCAACUACCUCAACAACAACCGAAAGUAGUACAACAUCCACGGCGAUCCCAACAUCCUCAACAUCAGACUCAACGACUACGUCCACUGCAAGUCCAUCAGAUUCUACGACAACAUCUACUGAAAGUUCGACGUCCACAACAACCGAAAGUACUUCAACUUCCUCAACAACAACUGAAAGUAGUACAACAUCCACGGCGAUCCCAACAUCCUCAACAUCAGACUCUACGACUACGUCCACUGCAAGUCCAUCAGAUUCAACGACAACAUCUACUGAAAGUUCGACGUCCACAACAACCGAAAGUAGUACAACAUCCACGGCGAUCCCAACGUCCUCCACAUCGGACUCUACUACUACGUCCACUGCAAGUCCAUCAGAUUCUACGACGACUUCCACUGAAAGUUCGACGUCAACAACAACCGAAAGUAGUACAACAUCCACCGCGAUCCCAACGUCCUCCACAUCGGACUCUACUACUACGUCCACUGCAAGUCCAUCAGAUUCUACGACAACAUCUACUGAAAGUUCGACGUCCACAACAACCGAAAGUACUUCAACUUCCUCAACAACAACCGAAAGUAGUACAACAUCCACGGCGAUCCCAACAUCCUCAACAUCAGACUCUACGACUACGUCCACUGCAAGUCCAUCAGAUUCAACGACAACAUCUACUGAAAGUUCGACGUCCACAACAACCGAAAGUAGUACAACAUCCACGGCGAUCCCAACGUCCUCCACAUCGGACUCUACUACUACGUCCACUGCAAGUCCAUCAGAUUCUACGACGACUUCCACUGAAAGUUCGACGUCAACAACAACCGAAAGUAGUACAACAUCCACCGCGAUCCCAACGUCCUCCACAUCGGACUCUACUACUACGUCCACUGCAAGUCCAUCAGAUUCUACGACAACAUCUACUGAAAGUUCGACGUCCACAACAACCGAAAGUACUUCAACUUCCUCAACAACAACCGAAAGUAGUACAACAUCCACGGCGAUCCCAACAUCCUCAACAUCAGACUCUACGACUACGUCCACUGCAAGUCCAUCAGAUUCAACGACAACAUCUACUGAAAGUUCGACGUCCACAACAACCGAAAGUAGUACAACAUCCACGGCGAUCCCAACGUCCUCCACAUCGGACUCUACUACUACGUCCACUGCAAGUCCAUCAGAUUCUACGACGACUUCCACUGAAAGUUCGACGUCCACAACAACCGAAAGUACUUCAACUCCCUCAACAACAACCGAAAGUAGUACAACAUCCACGGCGAUCCCAACAUCCUCCACAUCGGACUCUACGACUACGUCCACUGCAAGUCCAUCAGAUUCUACGACGACUUCCACUGAAAGUUCGACGUCCACAACAACCGAAAGUUCUUCAACUUCCUCACCAACAACCGAAAGUAGUACAACCUCCACGGCGAUCCCAACAUCCUCAACAUCAGACUCUACGACUACGUCCACUGCAAGUCCAUCAGAUUCAACGACAACAUCUACUGAUAGUUCGACGUCAACAACAUCCGAAAGUAGUACAACCUCCACGGCGAUCCCAACAUCCUCAACAUCAGACUCUACGACUACGUCCACUUCAAGUCCAUCAGAUUCAACGACAACAUCCACUGAAAGUUCGACGUCAACAACAACCGAAAGUAGUACAACAUCCACCGCUAUCCCAACAUCCUCAACGUCGGACUCUACGACUACGUCCACUGCAAGUCCAUCAGAUUCUACGACAACAUCUACUGAAAGUUCGACGUCCACAACAACCGAAAGUUCUUCAACUUCCUCAACAACAACCGAAAGUAGUACAACAUCCACGGCGAUCCCAACAUCCUCAACAUCAGACUCUACGACUACGUCCACUUCAAGUCCAUCAGAUUCAACGACAACAUCCACUGAAAGUUCGACGUCAACAACAACCGAAAGUAGUACAACAUCCACCGCUAUCCCAACAUCCUCAACGUCGGACUCUACGACUACGUCCACUGCAAGUCCAUCAGAUUCUACGACGACUUCCACUGAAAGUUCGACGUCCACAACAACCGAAAGUUCUUCAACUUCCUCAACAACAACCGAAAGUAGUACAACCUCCACGGCGAUCCCAACAUCCUCAACAUCAGACUCUACGACUACGUCCACUGCAAGUCCAUCAGAUUCAACGACAACAUCUACUGAAAGUUCGACGUCAACAACAUCCGAAAGUAGUACAACCUCCACGGCGAUCCCAACAUCCUCAACAUCGGACUCUACGACUACGUCCACUCCAAGUCCAUCAGAUUCUACGACAACAUCUACUGAAAGUUCGACGUCAACAACAACCGAAAGUAGUACAACCUCCACGGCGAUCCCAACAUCCUCAACAUCAGACUCUACGACUACGUCCACUGCAAGUCCAUCAGAUUCAACGACAACAUCUACUGAAAGUUCGACGUCAACAACAUCCGAAAGUAGUACAACCUCCACGGCGAUCCCAACAUCCUCAACAUCGGACUCUACGACUACGUCCACUGCAAGUCCAUCAGAUUCAACGACAACAUCUACUGAAAGUUCGACGUCAACAACAUCCGAAAGUAGUACAACCUCCACGGCGAUCCCAACAUCCUCAACAUCGGACUCUACGACUACGUCCACUGCAAGUCCAUCAGAUUCUACGACAACAUCUACUGAAAGUUCGACGUCAACAACAUCCGAAAGUAGUACAACCUCCACGGCGAUCCCAACAUCCUCAACAUCGGACUCUACGACUACGUCCACUGCAAGUCCAUCAGAUUCUACGACAACAUCUACUGAAAGUUCGACGUCAACAACAACCGAAAGUAGUACAACCUCCACGGCGAUCCCAACAUCCUCAACAUCGGACUCUACGACUACGUCCACUGCAAGUCCAUCAGAUUCUACGACAACAUCUACUGAAAGUUCGACGUCCACAACAACCGAUAGCGGUACAACAUCCACCGCGAUCCCAACGUCCUCCACAUCGGACUCUACGACUACGUCCACUGCAAGUCCAUCAGAUUCAGCGACAACUUCCACAGCAAUUCCGACGUCUACAACAACUGGAAGUAUAACGACAUCUACAGCUAUUUCACAAACAACAGACACAGAUUCAAUUUGCAAUGAUUACCCGCUGCUUCCUAACUGUCAAUCUGGAAAGGCAGUGAACCUUAAAAAAAUUGAAUCGAAUAUGUUUGAAACGAACCCAGAAGGAACUUUAUUUAAGCCCCAGCAGAAACUCACAAUAACGUCGAUGCCCCAGUCCGUAACUUCUCUGUGCCACUUUUAUCCGCGUCUAUGCUUGAAACCGGAAGAGGCGCAAUUUGUUCGCCUGGCUGAUGAAUAUGGAAAACCCUUAUUGUUGAUUUCGUCAGUCGAGGGACGAUCCGCCUACUCUCAAAAGCUUCCUGCUUUGUGGCGCGCUAUAAGGAGAACCCAUUAGAAUAAGUAAAAUUUUUAAUUAAUCGCGGAUUUAAUUUGCUUUGUUUUACAAAACAUGAACGAAAAUUCGUAUAAUGCAAAUAAUGUGAGAGAGGUAGUUCAUAUCAUUUACUGUAUGGUAGCCAUAUAUGAAAAUGUGUACAUUGGCAGUUAAAAUAUCAGGGAAUAUAAAUUAAACACAUGUAAU